GUGCUGUUUGCUGCUACAGUGACUUGCAUUUUGUUUUGCAGUUAAAACAACUCCAAGAACAAACCGCACACCAACUUCUGCAACCAGCACUGCAGCCACCAAUGGGACCCCUACCCCUCGUCCCUCCCGCAUCACCAAACCCCCUGUACCCAAGCAGACUCCCCUAGAGAAGAAGCCUCCUGUACCUCGAGCCCCCCGAAAUGUCCGGCCCACCAAUGCACCACUGCCGGAUCUAAAAAAUGUGCGCUCCAAGAUCGGUUCCACCGAUAACAUGAAGUACCAGCCAGGAGGAGGCAAGGUCUCUGCAGCCCAGGGCAAGACUGAUGCUCUGCCAAAGACCAGCCAGGGCAAAGUUCAGAUAGCCCACAAAAAGCUGGACUUCAGCCAUGUCACCUCCAGAUGUGGCUCCAAGGACAAUAUCAAGCAUGUUCCUGGUGGAGGAAAUGUUCAGAUUUUAAGAAAAAAGGUUGACUUGAGCAAAGUGACCUCUAAAUGUGGAUCCAAGGACAACAUAAAGCACAAGCCAGGUGGUGGUGAUGUAAAGAUAGAAUCCAGUAAGGUUAACGUCAAGGCCAAAGUGGGAUCAAUGGACAAUGUAGGCCAAGAACCAGGAGGUGGCAAUGGCAAGGCUGAGGGGGUUCAGCAGAAAUCUGAGGGAAGCCCAUCUCCCCCUACUGUCUCUCCACCUGUCCAGGCAGGCAAUGGGGCAAAGGAGAACGGUCUGAAAGAGAUCUCUCCUGCUCCUGUACCUUCUUUGGGAGAGGGCUUGGACAAGCGCAUCCCUGGGACAAAUUGAGUCCCACAAGCUGAACUUCCGUGAGAACGCAUGUGCUCGCACGGACCACGGCACCAAAAUCAUCUCCUGGUCCUCCCUGAGUGGCAGCCACCCCCACCCACAUCGCAGCACCUCUCUCAGUGUUUCUCUGGGGUCCGCCAUGUCCUCACUCUCAACCCAGCUUGUCCCAUUCACUCUGCUAUGAGAUGGGUGCAAACCAGUACACUAGCAGGAGAAGGACUCUGAUUUCAACACAGCCUGUCCCUAUCUUCUCAUAAGCUUCUUCUCUUGUUUACAGUUUUCUUAGUUUUUUCUUUGUUGGGAGAGCACCCAUGAGAUCAUGUUUUGGGAAAGAUCCAGGCUGUGGUUUAAUUUACAGCACUUCUUUCCGAAUGAAGGGUUUGGUUUGAGGCUAGAUAUGGGGUAAAGUCUCCAGAAUGUUGGAGACAGAGUUAUGGAUACUCCAGCUGCUUAGCUCUUAUUGUUAUCUUUGUUAAAUCCAUAGCAUUUUGCCCAUUACACCAGAGUUUCCUGCUAAGCUUCUUACGAGCCUGUGCUAUCCUUUAAACAGACCUAACUUUAGAGGUAACACCCUCUUUUCUUUAUCUCUAUCUGGCAGUAGAUGUUCUCCAAUGGGAACCCCAGAACUCACUUGAGAUGUAGCUUAUUACAUCAUAUUACAGCAGUUACGUUCCCUGUAUUGUUAGUAUAUGGGGCUGUCUUAAAUCCCAGUCAAAAGGGACAAAUCAGCCACCAUCCAUCCAUCUGCUCCCUUUGCUCGACUGACCCUUGUCCACCUCACAUGAAUUAUAAACCCUGUUCUCCCUCAGUAUUUAAAUGAGCACUUAAUCAUUUGAAACUUAAAGGUUGUUCAAACAAUAGCAUAUUUACAUCUUCAGUGAGUUUGCUGUAUCGUGUUUGCGUAUAUUCCUGUAACGAUGAGCUGUAUCAUUAUGAUGUCUAACCAUCUGAUUACAUUUUCCACUUUCCAUUUCUCUCAAAACAUCUUGUGAACUAAUAGGACACAAAAACCCAUGACACACAUAAACUACAGCAUGAUACAGGAAGAGAAAAAGGAAGUGGCACGCAAACUAAACAGACAGGAUGGAAAGAAAUAUAGAUGGAUAAAGAAAGAUUUCAGAAAGUUCAAAUGGAAAUGUGUUUACACUCCGUGUACAGGUCAUUAUUAUUUGCAAAAAGGUCCAAAUCAUUCCCACUUUAAAUUAAGUAUUAUAUCUCCAAAUUUAAAAGGUAAACAACUUUUACACUGGACAUUUGAACCAGCAUGUGCAAGGGCCCAUUACAUUAACAGUAAAUGUAUUCUAACUAAGCAUUGCAAUACAAUCCAUUUCCCUAUUAUUUAUUCAGUGACAAUUGAUAAAUUGUUGUUUAGAAAUUACUAUUUAAUCAAACAGUAGUAAAUGCUAUUUGUUUUUUUUUAACCAAGUGAUAUAUUAUUCACCAAGUAGAUGAAUAUCAUAGUUUUAAACUCUCCAAACCUACUAUUGUAGGGCUGCUUUUUUGAAACUUGAUUAGUGAAACUGUUUAACAGUGAAUUUGUGGGCACUUUAUUGGUAGUAAUAUUAUUCUUGAUAUAUUUAGCUACACAAUGCCUGCAGAAAAAAAACAUUUUGCCGUUGUUGGUUAAAAGUGAUUCACUACAUGGUGUGAAAUAUGUAUUUUACAUAUCGCAAUUUUUUUCCUGGUAUUUUACUGUGACGUUAUGGUAGAUCAUCGAUGGUGGUAAUGUUGUAACAUCAAAGAAAGUAAUGUCGUAACAUUGAAGAAAAUCCCACAUAAACCUGAACAACAGAGACCAGGAAGUAAUAAAUUAUGCAAAUAUCCUAAUUAGCUGAUGAUUAUUUAAAAUGCACUUUAUGGUGGAUGUUUUAUACUACAACGAGAGCGAUAAGAUUGAUUGAGCACAUUUUCCUAAAUUUUUCCCCUCAAAAACAGUCCCAGUUACUCAAAAAUGCUAAACCUGUACCUGUAUCUCACAGAACAGUCUGUAAAUACAGUUUGUGCGAGUGUGAGCAAGUGUGUUUAGUGUAGAGCAGCUGCGCUAGGCCAAACGGUCCUGUUGUGAUUAGUGUGUACUGUUCCGGGGCUAUGCCAGUAAACUUCAGUGUUGUACUCUUGAUACAGUGAUCCUAAACUUUCAUGCCUUCAGACAGCUCUAUUUUGUCAUUUCCAUAAUGAAUGAACACUUCUCACAUCCCCCGCACCAGUCCACUCAAUGCAGUUUUGUAAAUACACGUUUCACACUUUAUACCCCACAGGGGGAAAACACUUCUUGAUUGGGUUGUAUAGAGAAGCAAAGUAAAGAUUUUGCAUCUAUGAAUAUUUCUCCAGACAGUAUUGUAUUCUUUAAGACAGUCUGCCUUUUUUUUUAAAAAAAGGGCUGGCAAACAAGAAUGUUUUUAAACUGUAUUGUAUUCAAGGAAGCAAAGAAUAUAUAUUAUGUGUGUAACUUUUUCUCUUUGUCAUCACAGGUCACAUACUAAAUACAAUGUAAUCAAUAGGAGGAGGAGUGAGCUUGAUUUUGCCUAAGGAUGGAAAAACUCAAAGGACUCUGAGGAUGUCCUUCUGUUUAAAAAAGGCACAGCAUUUUGGUAAUGACUUGAGUAGCCUGACACAGGAUGCAGAAAGUGGGUAGAGAGUUUAGAGGUAAUCAGUAACCACAGGAACAAUGAUUCCUCCUACAAACUGCACCUGACACAUAGACCUUGAAUGUUGUUUGAAUAUCCAUGCUGCACAUCUGAAUUAGACUAACUGUAACUGGUAGACUAAUCGGCAUGCUUAAAACUAGAUAGAGCACUGGAAUUAGGCAGCAAAAGAGCCCCCUAGUGUGUUAGGACUCACAAUGUGUGUACUACCCAUAGAACACACCGAAAGAGCAUGCUGACAACGAUGGACUACAGACAUCAGUCCUAAAUUGGAUUUUAUGUCUCCCCCCUGAUUUAAUAUGUAUUUUUUGGUAUGAAAGAGGUCAUUGUGAUUAAUUGUUAACUAGUGAUGUGGAUAUUUAAUCAUGAAUAAAUAAAAAAGAAACAAACUAAA